UUGCUAAAAAUUAUGACAAGAAGUUUUUGAUAAAAUUUUAUCAUAAGGAGAGGGAUUAACAAGGGCUCUACAGCAAGAGCCUUUCAUAAUCUUUUGCAAUAUUCAUCUUCUUGUUGUUGUGUUUAUUCAAAACAGAAUCAAUGCCAAAGAAUAAGAAAACAGAAUGGCAAGUAGGAGAUCCUACAAUAAGCAUAGUGGGAGAUCAAUUCUGUAAUCCAUACCCAAUGGACCUAAUGGUAAAGAGGAAAGUUCAAAGUUUCUCAAAAGAUAAUUACCAAGUGUUCGAUCCAAGCGGAAACCUCCUCCUACAAAUUGAUGGACAAGCUUGGGGGAUUAACCGUAAAAGGGUUAUGACUGAUCCAGCUGGUUUCACAAUCCUCACAAUGCGCCAAAAGGGAAUGACGUUGAAGAACAAAUGGGAAGUGCAUGGAGGAGAGAGCAAAGAGAGAGAAGACUUGCUGUUCACGGUACAUCAAUCUUUAGCGGUGUCACUGAAAACAUCGGUGGAUGUUUUCUUGGCAGAGAACAAUAAUGUCAAGAAGAGCAAUACUUGUGAUUUUCAUGCUUCAGGUGGAUACUCGAAUAUCUCAUUCAAAGUUUUCAAAUCGGAUGCUCUCAUCGCUGGGGUAGGGGUCACGCAUAAGUUUACAUGGGGAAGUUUCUGUAAAGGGAAAUGUAAUUUUAGGGUGAGAGUAAAUCCAGAGGUGGAUUAUGCUUUCAUCAUUGCUUUGCUUGUUAUGGUUGAUGACAAUGAGAAUUGAUGUUAGGGCAUCUUCAACAUCUUACGUUUGGUUUGUAUAUGUAUUCAUUUUUUUCAAGACGUGGGAACUUUUUCAUUGUAAAAAUAUUAUUUGUGGACUGCUAUUGAAGCAAAUCUACUCUUUUGAUAUCAAACAAACCAAUUUUAAUCGAAAAUCAUAACCAGACGCAAUAAAAUCAAACAUGGUAAAACCAACACUACCAGGGCCGUCUAACAGCACGCGCAAGUGGAACGGUCGAACAGGGCCCCGAAAUAUAAAAAUAAAAAAAUUUAAGGGUUUUCAAAAUAUAUAAAUAAAUUAUGAUAUUUUUAAAAAUUUUUUUAAAUAUAAUGGUAAAUUUAGAAC